UCUGUAAUCGGAUAUCUCAGGCACGGAGACUGGGAAAUGCACAGACUGCACCAAACUGCGACAUACAGUGGCUUUUGUUUGAAACGAGUCUAGCAGCAUUAGAAAAAUGCAAAGGACUCCUCCAGGAUACAGUGCUGAUAGGUGAGUUUGCUGAGCUAACUCAGACAAAUACACAACAAGAUGAUCGAAGCUACACUGUAACCUUCCCGAAGCUGGACAAGAGAGAGACAGUUCCAGCUGCGUCUCACUGGCACAGAGUCGGCGCUAAGCCAAAACAACAUACCAAAGUGAAUCAACAAGUUCACUCAACGUCAAAUGCUAAGCUACCCAAAGCUAAAGUUGCAUGUAUCAGCCGGAUUAGCCCGUCACUUAAGUUAACCCUGCCGCUGAAGAACCGGUUCAUGCCACUUCAAGAGUCCACGAACGCGUCGGCAACCCGUGCACCCCUGAGCCCCGUGAUAAGUCCUGACGGACGGUGCGGACGGAGACGGAACGAGAACCAGUCGCCAUGGAGGCGAGCUGCGAAUGUGUCGGCCACCCGUGCACCCCUGAGCCCAGAGAUGCGUCCGGACGGACGUUGCGGACAGAGACGGAGCAAGAACCAGUUGCCAUAGAGGCGAGUUGUGCAUGCGUCGGCCACCCGUGCACCCCUGAGCCUCGAAAUAUGUCCGGACGGACGGUGCUGACAGAGAUGGAACAAGAACCAGUCGCCACAGAGGGAAGCUGCGCAUGCGUCUGCAACUGUACCUCAAGCCAACAAGGGCCCAUCUCACAGAAAGCAGAUGAAUCAGAAACUCUGAUUAUAGAAGACUCAACCAUCAAGGAUAAAACCGGAGAAGGUGGCAGUGGAGCAAGAGCUACAGGAAUGGAAAAAAAACACAGCAGUUCUCAAUGUGGAAACUACAUGAGCUAAGUCGACUGAAGAAUAAUAAACUGCGGCCCUGUGGAAUAAUAUUAAAGCUAGGAUCCCUGGACGGCCAUCUUAGAUGAAGACCCAGGUGGUUUGUGUUUAAACUGAGCAGCAGGUAUAUUUUGACUGAACAGAUGGUUAAAUGUUAAUUAAAACCGUUUGUUAUGAAAGCUUUCAGGUUUAUUUUAGCUUUUUUUAUAAGCAAAAGAUCAAAAUGUUUUUGGGAAUAUUAGCUCAUAUACCUCAGUUAACAAGGUUUCCUAGAAUAGGGAGUAGAGCAGCAAGACAGCGUUUGAUUGGAGGGUUUAGGGUGCAUUUGUUGGCUUGAUAGCUUGUUCUUAGUGGAAAAUAAAAGUGGUGAAACACAUUUUCCAGAAACCUCUAUCAAGUUUUCCCUCAAAAGAAUAAAACGGUGUGUUGGAAAAUCGGAUAUUGCAGAUAUCUAACUGAUUUAAAUGUGUAUUUGUUUUAUGAAUAAUCAGUAUCAGUAUUCAGAAGGAGGACGAAAGCUUCACUAAACAAGUUCAAUGUUUUAUUACUUAGUAAAGAUGCAGUGGCAACGAAAUACGUGAUAAAAUGCCAUGCAUAGAAUAGGGAAACACACACAGGUUCAGAGGGAAGGAAAUGUGAGAGAAAAAUUUCUCUGGUGCCAAAUUUCUCUGUGCCAUUAAAAGAUCUUGAUCCUGAUUUAACUUUAUCGGCUUGGCGAUUCACAGUGUGUGGGUGUGUGUGCUUGCAUGAGUGCGAGCGAGCGAGAGCGUGUGUGUAUGCACGUUUUGGUGUGUAUGAGAGAGAAAGAGAGUGUAUGUAAAUGUGUGUGUGUGACGUGUGUGUGUGUGUGUGUGUGUGUGUGUGUGUGUGUGUGUGUGUGUGUGUGUGUGUGUGUGUGUGUGUGUGUGUGUGUGUGUGUGUGUUUGUGUGUUUGUGUUAGUGAACCACCCAUGCAGAUAACCACACUGGCCCACUGUCGGGAAGGAGCUUGUGCUACCAAACCUCACAUCAAAGCUGGUUAGAGGAAGUGGGUGUGUCCCCACCAGUGACAGCAGUGUUGUCGCCUUACACCUCCCAUCGCCUCCCAUCGUGGCAGACAGACACCCUUCGGCCCGCCGUAGCCAUGACACCCCAGGGGGCCCUCGACUCCCCGUCCAGCCCCAAGCACAAGUGAUGAAUUGAGGGCCGUACGGUGGUGUCUGUGGACCUGUGUCGGGGCCCGGAGAGUCUGCUCUCUGCUGAGGAUGGGAAACCUGAUUAAAGGGGCUGCCAAGGAGGCCAACGAAGAGGAGCCAGACAUCACACACAAAGGUUUGGGGGGGGAGGUGCUGGUGGUGACAGGCGACUACCCCUCGCCUCUGGUCAGCAAGCCCAUCUUCAGGAUGGGAGAGAAGCUGACAGUGCUCGCACAAGAGGCUUCCUGGUGGAGAGUCCGCUCUGUCCGAACACGAACUGAGAACUACAUCCCCAACACUCAUGUUGCCAAAGUGUACCAUGGCUGGCUGUUCGAGGGGCUGGAGAGGCAGAAGGCAGAGGCCCUCCUGCAGAUGCCCUGCAACGUGCUGGGCUCCUUCCUGGUGCGGGAGAGCACCAGCGAUAGAGGAGUGUAUUCGCUGUCUGUGAAGCACAGGGGCGUGCAACACUACCGCAUCUGUCGCAUGGACAACAGCUGGUACUACAUCUCCCCUCGGCUCACCUUCCAGUGCCUGGAAGAUAUGAUCUCCCACUACUCUGAAUGUGCAGACGGCCUGUGCUGUACCUUAUCCUGCCCCUGUCUGUCUGGGACCUCAGCAGAGCAGCCAAACACAGCUCCCCCGGUGGUGAUGCGCCGCAACUUCAACUGGAAGGACGUUGACAGGCGUACUUUCCAUGAGGACGCUGACGGCGUUGGCACGGCGAUGAGCUACGGCGUGAGGAACAGCAUGGCCGCCUACAUGUCCCUGUCCGGCGCUCUGGAAGGCGGCAGCCAGAAGAGGAAGAACCGCAACAAGAAGAGCAAAUCUGCGUUAGUGCCGAGCUGGGACUACGACCCAGACGAUGUCUAGAGGGCCCGGCCUGGCGUCGGCGCGUUGAUCCACGAACAAUCGAUACAUUUGAAAAGAACAAUGAUUGACAGGUCUGAAGGCUGGGUCUGUCUGUUGCUGUGGACCUCCCAGGUAUUCCCCAUACACUUUCGUUGUCAUUGCAUUGUAUAUGCAUUAAUGUUACAUGAGACAGUAUAACAUUGUCCAGAUAGAGUUAUACUGGACACUGGACUGGAUUUGUGCACAUGUAGUGAAUUUUCAAACUUCUUUCUCUGUCUUGCUCUUAUAAAUACAUCAAAAUGAACAGUGUUCAUGUUUGUGGCUGUUGAUGACAGAGUUAUAUUAUCUCUGAGAUGAACCACUGCGAGAAGCUAGGUGUAGAAUAACUACGAUUAUUAUUAAAUCAUUAUCAUCAUUUAUGAUUCAGGAGAUGUUUUCUUUCUCGUCUGUUUUUCUUUGCAAAUUGUCCAUUGAAAUGUACACAGUACAUCCAUUCAUCCAUAAUAUGUAUAAGUCAUACGCGAUAUGUAAUGGUUUGCGUGUGAUGAGUGCCUUGUGUGGCAGGCUGGCCACAAACAACUGUUUCCUAGUUCCCCUUAAGAGGCCACAUCUUCCUUUGCUCAACACCCACCCCUCACACCAUAUCCUCUGCACUGUUCAGCUUCGACGAAAAGGACAUUAGCCGGUCAACAACCUUAGCCGGUCAGGAAUUCAUGUUGCCGAACGUCGUCCUGAAGGGUUGCCUAAAUCCUUCAGUCGAGGACUCCACGGCAACGGGAGCCUCAACUGAAAUCCUUGAUUUGUGGCGAAAAAAAACAAACAUCCGGACGAAACAGCUGCUAGUGUUCAGCGCUGGCCCCGGUGGACCUCGGCUCUCCAGGGCCGUCCGGCGUACGGCUGCAGCAGCGAACGACGUUAGUCUCAGGUCUCGCGAGGUGUUCUGUGUGGCCGCCAUAUGACAAGCUGAUGGCUCAGCCACAUAGCACGGAAAUCCUCUGUUCUGCACAGGCUAUAUUUAGACACGCCCGUGAGAAGGUCUAUCAGUUAAUAAAGAAGGAACAGAAGAGUUGAAGCUUUCGUACGUUUUCACCGUGGUUGUGUUGCCACUCGCUCUUGCGUUGUUCUGUUCCCAAACCGUAGAAACUAGACAGAAGUGGUAGAUCCCCAUAUUCAGAUUGAAAGGGCCCGUUCACAGACCGCUGUGGCUAGAAGUGAGUAAGGGGGACAGACAAGAUGAUGAACCCGUCUGCAAAUUCCCUUUAAGUCACUGCCACUUUAUCUUGCUGGAAACAAACACAGCUGACAGAAACACGACCUA